AUGUAUAUUGAAAAAUUAAACUUAAGCUCAGAAAAUGCGAAAAUAACAAGCUUAGAUUUUCAGCCUAACACUAAUUUAAAUAGACUAGCUAUUUCAAGUUUGCAUCAAAUAAAAAUAUAUAGUAUUCCACAUUAUGAUAUAAAUAUAAAAAAUAAAUUAAAAAUAGAUUUAUUGUUUGUAAGUAAUGAUCAUAAUUUAGUUUAUAUUAAUACGAUAAGAUGGAGUUAUAAUGGUAAAUAUUUAGCUAGCUGUGAUAGUGGGGGUACAUUAGUUUGUUAUGAACUGGAUAUAAAUAAAAAUAAUAUAAAAAAACAUAAUGAAGAUAUAAAAAAUAGUUACACAAAAUCAAGUAAUAAUCCAUUUGCACAAACAAAUAAUAAUAAAGAAGAAUGGAAAAUGAGCAAAUGCAUAAAAAUACAUGAAAAUGGAGAAAUUUUUGAUUUAUCAUGGUCACGUGAUAAUGAACAUGUUGUAUGUGGGGUAUCAAAUGGUAUCGUUUAUAUUUUUAAUUUAAUCAAAUCAUAUAUUUCACAUAAACUUUUUGUAAAAGGAACUACUGAAAAUAUAAAAGGUGUUUCUUUUCAUCCAACAAAUAAUUUAAUAAUUUCUCAAAGUAGUGAUAAUAUUAUGAGCAUAUGGAAAAAAGUAAAUAUUUAUUCUGAACAAAAUAAUAUGGAUAUGAUACAUCAACAAAAAAGUUGUUUUGAUCUAAAUGAAAAUAAAAAUUAUAAAAUUUAUGAAUCUGGAAAUAUACAAAAUCAUUUUCCAUCAUCACAUGGAGUAAUAUCAAGAGAAUAUUUUGAAUAUGUUUAUGAAGAAAAUAUGAAUAAAAAAUAUAAAAAUAUUGAUACUCCUACAAUUCGACAUAUUUAUUUUGAUAAUUUUGGGAAAUAUGCAAGUAUUACACAUAUACCUAAUAAUGGUAGAAAUUGUGGUAUCUUAAUUAAAAUAAAAAAUAAAAAUGAUCAAUAUAUAAAUAAAAAAAAAAUAUAUAUGGAUGGGCAUGGUAGUUGUAUGCGAGUUGCUAAAAUAGGUCAAAAGGUGUUUGUUGAUAUUAAAAAAAAAAAAUUAUAUAGUUUAUAUUGUCAAUGUAGUGAUAAUGGUGUAAUUUCUUUAUGGAAGAUUUUUUUAAAGAGAAUAGAAAAACCUUAUAUUUUAAAAAAAAAAAAAAGGCGUGAAAAAAUUGCAUAUGAAAAAGCUAAAAUGGGUAGUAAUAAUAAUAUAGAUAAUAUUUCUAAAGAAAAAAAAAAUAAAGUAAAUAAAUAUGCACAAUGUUUUUUAAUUCUUCAAAAUUUAUUAGAAGAACAAACAUGUGCUGUUGAUUUAAGUUGGUCUGAUAAAUAUAAUCAACUAAUAAUUGGAGGAUCAAAUGGAUCUGUUUAUAUUGUACAGAUAGAUGUUAGCAAAUUAAAUUUAGAACCUUUUUAUCAUAAAGAAUAUGUACAAAUAAAUGAAAUGUUUGUUAGAAAUAAAAGAGAUGAAAAAAUCAGGAUAGAAGAUGAAAAGUUAAUCAUAAAAAAUAAAGCAAUUAGAGAUAAAAUUGUAGGAGAUAAAUUUUUUGAUAAAAUUGUUCAGAGAAGUUUUGAAAAAAAUGGAGAUCGAAUUGAUGGAAAAAAAAUUAUAGAAAAUACUGGGGAAAAAAAAGUAAAAAAUAGAUUAACACCAAAAAUUAAAUAUUUAUAUGAUGAAUAUGGAAAUAUAAUUGAAAAUUCAAAAUCACAUGAAAUUAUUCAUAUUUUAAAAUGUACAAUACAUUCUUUAAAUUAUGACAUAAAUAAAUAUUCUGAUUUUUCUUUUUUUUUAUUUAAUAAAAAGGAAAACACUAAUAUAUUUUCAAGUUACAAAAAAAACAUAAACUAUACAAAUAACAAAAUGAAACAAUAUAAUUCAGAUUAUUUUGCCAAUUCUUAUUUUUUUAAUUUUUCUUCCUUUUUAAAUUAUUUUUUAUAUGUAAUUAUUAGUUAUAUUCAUACUAUUGUUCAAAAUUGUGAUUUUAUUUGGAAAAUUAUGAAAAAAAAAAUAUCUAAUAUUAUUGUGUACACACCCUUUACUAUUGAUUCCAUUCUCAGCUUGCUCUUUCGAAACAUUUAUUAUAAAAAAAAAUAUUUCCUUGAAAAUUUUUUACAAAAUGAGUAUCCCACAUUUUUAAGCAGCAUUUAUGCUUUCCCCCAAAAUAAUGAGCUUUAUCGUGAAAUUCUUUAUCUUGAUACGUUUCAAAAUGGACGAAAAUAUCUCCGAGGAUGCUCCUAUGAUACAAGCAGAGAUGCAAGUCGAGAUGGAGGUAGGAAUGCAAGUAGAAAUUCGGAUAAAAAUACGGAUAAAAAUACGGAUAAAAAUGCGGAUAAAAAUGCGGAUAAGAAUGCGGGAGGUAAUAUCGGUGGAUGUAGAGAUCGAAAUGGGGGUGAUGGUGGAAAUGAUGGGGAUGGAGAUGAAGAAAAAAAACGAAAAGAAGAAAAUACACAUGAAGGUGAUGAAUUACCAAAUGAAGAUAAUAAAAAUAAUAAAACAACAAAUAAUAACAAUACGGAUUGUAAACAAACAGUAAAAUCAAGUAGCAAUACAAAUAAAAAAGUACGAAAAAAUAGCAAAAAUAAUAUAGAUAAACAAGGAAAUAAUAAAGGGGUAGAAAGUAAUAAUAAUAAUAGUAAAAAAAAAAGUUAUACAAAUAUAAAUAAAAAUAAGUUAACUAAUAGUGAAGAAAAUAUAAUUAAAAAUUAUAAUGAAAUUAUAAAUGCACAAAGUUUUGUAAUAUCACCAAAUAAUGAUCAAAUAUUUGCAAAUUCAAAUAAUAACCAAGUUAAUACAACAAUGAUAGAAAAUGGAAAAAAUUAUAAUCAUCCUGAAAAUAUAUCAUUGCAAAAUAUUAAAAAUAUUAGUGAUCAAGUUUAUAAUAUUCAUAAAAAACAAAAUGAUAAAUAUAAUUCCAACACUUCAAUUAAUGUGGGUGAUUCUACUAAUUAUUUGAAUACAUAUUGUGAAAAUUCUAAUAAUGUAUCCAAUAUGAAUUAUAUAUCAAUAAAUAUGAACAAUGAUCCAAAAAAAAUUAUAGAAAAUAUAAAUAAUAUGAAUGAUCCAAAUAAUUUUAUAGAAAAUGUGAAUAAUAGUAAAAGCUCAAAGUUGAAUAAAAAUGCAUCUCCCAAAAAAAAGGAAAAUAAAGAAAUGAAAAAUGACCCAAUCAAUGAUUCUAAAAAAGAAAAAAAAGAACCCAAAAAAGAAAAAAAAAAAGUGAAGAAACAACAAGAGGUAGAAAAUUUAGGUGAAGAAAAAACGGAAGGAACAAAACAGAAAAAAACUGAACCAAAAAAAGAAAAAAAAACUGAACCAAAAAAAUAUGUUAAAAAAGAUUCGAAUAAAAUAACAAAAGGAGAUACAGAAAUUACAAACGAAGGUAAAACUGUUAAAGGAGGAAAAGUAGCUAAAGAACCAAAAACUACUAAAGGGGGGAAGGCAGCUAAAGAUUUAAACGAGGCAAACAAAUCUAACGAGCCAGUUAUAGAAAAUACACAAAAUCAAAUAACUGAUACAAACGAUACAAAUCAGCAAAUACAAACAAGCACACAAAAAGGAUCAAAUAAGUCAAAUAAAACAACUAAGCUAAAUAAGCCAACUAAAUCAAACGACCCAACUAAGUCAAACGACCCAACUAAGUUAAGCGACCCAAAUGAGGGAAACGACCCAACUAAGUCAAACGACCCAAAUGAGGGAAACGAAGAAAAUAUCAGCACCCCGAAAAAAAGGGAGCCUAGCAAAAACCAGAAAAGAAAUUCUAACAAAGGAACAAAAAGAAAAACGGCAAAAAAUAAUAAAAAAGAUGAAAAUGGAAAUAAUUCUGAUAUUGAAUGGGAAAAUUUUAACCCACAUGCUGAAUUAUUUUGCCCAAUUAUAAGAAAAGAAGAUAGUGAAGAAGUUGGAUAUAUGACAUAUAGUUCUCCUGUAAAAUUUGGAAAAGAAGCUAAUGAUUCAAAUGAUGUGAAUAAACAAGGUAAAAAUAAAAAAAGAAAAAGUGUAGAUAAUAUAAAUAAAAAAAAAGGUAAAAGCAGUAAUGAAUGUUUAUUAUUUAAUGAAAAAAAUGAAAAAAAUGAAAAAAAAAAAAAUAAUAAUGAGGGUUUGGAUAAAAUUGCGAAAUCUAAUAAACAUGAAGGAGAAAAACGAAAUAACAAAUCAAAGAACGAAAAUCAUUUUUUAAAAAUUGAGGAAACAUUUGAUAAUACAAAAAAUAAAAAUAAAGAAUCUAGAAAAAAAAAUAUAAUUAAAGGAAGCAAUGAAAUUAAUAAAGAAUAUAUUGAAGAGAAUAAUGAUAUUAUAGAAAAAAAUGUAAAAAAAAAUAACAAAAGAGUAUAUGAAAAAAUGUAUAGUUCUAAUAGUGUAUUAGAUAAACAAAAUUAUAAUUUAAAAAAUACACAUAACAAUUUAAAUUUUUCAAAUAAAUAUACAGGAGAUAAAAUUAUGAAACAUGAAAUAAAAAAUAAUAGUAAUUAUCCUCAUCUCAAUAUUAAUCCAAGCAACACAUUUGGGCAAUAUAAUUAUCAUAAUGAAUUUGGAGUUGAAAUAGGAAAAAAUAAAAAUAAUAUAUAUUUAGAUAAUUAUGAAUUAUCACAAAUAAAUUUAAACAACAAAACGAGUCAAGAUUUUUAUAUUUAUAAUUCCCAUCCUCAUUUAGAUAAAUAUUCAUCAAUAGAAAAAGUCCAAUAUGAAGGUAACAAUUAUCACAUAAAUAAAUUAAGGUCAAAUGAAAAUUAUAAAAAUUAUCAACAUUAUAUAAAACGUGAAUAUGAUACUAAUUUAAUUGAUAUUAAAAAAGAAGAAUUUGAAAAUGGAAGUAGUAUGUAUAGUCAAGAAGAAUAUAUUGAGCCAGUGGAAAGAUAUGGAUAUAAUUCGAAUGAAUUUGAUUUUAAAAAUAAAAAAAGAAAAAUUUAUAAUAAUAUGAUAAAUACAGAUAUGAUAAAUAAUUUUGAUAUGAAUUAUGUAAAUGAUCCAAAUUAUAUCGAUUUUAUACGAACUAAAAAAUAUAAUGAUCAAAUAAAUUAUAUUUCAAAAGGAUAUGAUAAAAGAAAUAACAAACAAAUAAUAAUAAAAAAUAAUGAAGAUAUUGAAACAAUUUAUGAAAGCAAUCGAUAUAAUAUACAUGAUAUAUAUAGCAAUGUGGAUGUUAUACAUAGUAAUCGUGAAGAAAAAAAAAAAAAAAUUAAAAAAGUUAACAUUAUUAAUGAUGUUAAAUAUGAAAAAUAUAAAAAUAAAGUAAUAAUUUUUGAUAAUAGAAAAGAAAACUGUUUAAUUUGUUGUAUGUGUAGCAAUAGUAGUAGUAACAAUGUAGAAGGAAAAAAAUAUUUUUAUUUAUUGUGGGAAGAUGAAAUAUCAGGAAAAAAAAUAAAAUAUACAAUUCAUGAUAACUAUAUAUUUAUAAUAAGUUAUAAAUUCAAUAUUUUUCUACUUAACAUUUUUAACAUAAAUAGUAAAUUGGUUGUUCAUGAUUAUGUAUUACCAGAUAGAUGUAUAGUUGAUUUUGUUAUAAUUAAAAGUUUUAGCAUUGAUGGAAAUAUUUAUACAUUUUUUUAUGUACAUGAUAAAAAAUAUUAUUAUAUUUAUCAAUUAUUAAAUUAUUCAAGUAUUUCUUUGUUAUAUUCCUUUGAAAUUUCGAUGUUAGAAUCACGAGUUGAAUCCAUAAAUAUCAGGAUUGUGGAAAAGUUACAAAACGAAGAUAUCAUAAGCAAAAGUUCUAAGAAAGGUUUUAAAAAAUACAAACGAAUUUUCAAAAAUAAAAAGAAAAAAGAUUCUAUCAAUGAAGAGGAUAUAAAAGAUAAUCGAGAAAGAAAUGAACAAAAAAUCAGAAUUGAAAAUGAUAAAGGUGAAAAAGAAAAAAAUGAAAGAGAUAUAGAAAGGGAACGUAUAUUAAAGGAACUAAUACAUAGUAUCACAUUUUAUGAAAAUUUAAAAGUUAAAAAUAAAUCAAAUAAAAAAAAACAUAAUAAUUUUUUUUCAAAAAAAUCAAUAAAAAAAAAAAAUGAACAAUACAAUAUAUCUUAUUUUAAUCCAAAAUGUGCUAAUAAAUUAUUAACUCGUAUGCCAAAUAAAAUACAAAAUUUUUCAACUCAACUUGAAAAAAAAAAAAAAAAAAAUAUUAUAAAAAAAAGUAAAGAUGAAAAAAUAAAAACAUAUUUUGAUAAUUUUUUUUCAAAUAAUAUACAUGGAAAUGAUUUGUUAUAUGAUUAUAUAUAUAGGAAAGAAAAUUUUUAUUAUAGUUAUAUGUGUAUAUAUAUUUUUUUAAAAAAUGGGAUGAUAUUCCUCAUACGAAGAAACUUAAUGAAAACAGAAGUAGCUAAUGAAAAUGAUUUUCCUGAAACAUAUACAUCUGAUGUAAUAUCAAUAAAACCACAUAUGUUUGAACAAAAUGAUAUUACUUUAAUAUCUCGAUUAGAUAAUAGUUAUUACAACAAAUCGCUAUAUUGUGACAUAAAUUUUUUAUUUAGUAGUAAGGCUGAUAAUUCUGAUGACAUAAAUAAUAAAAUUAUUUUACCAACUACCAAUACAUUAAAUAGAUCUAAACCAAAUGAAUAUUUGAAUACAAAUCGAAAUUUAAUUUUGUUCGAUAAUUUAAUAGAUAUACAACAAAAAGGGAUGAGAAUUUUUUCAUCACAAAGUAAAAUAUUUAAUAUAUAUGAUUUUGACGUAACCAAAUUAAUAGAAUCUGAAGAAUUUAUUGAAGAACAUGAAAAUUUAGAAGAAUCUUUUGAACCCAUUGUGAAGAAAGAAAAACCUGAUACCGAUGAUGACGAUAAUAAUAAAAAAUUAAUUUCACAAAAUGAGCAUAUUAUUAAAAAAGAGAAAAAUUGUAAUAUGGAAAAUAUACAUAUUAAAAAAGAGCUAAAUAAAGUUAGCAAAGAUUUUCUUCAUGCUAUGAGUGUUUCAGAAGAAUUAAAAAAAAGUGAAAAAAAUUCAGAUUCUCAUGUAGAUACAAAUCUUUAUGUGAAAACUAUAAAAUAUUUAGAGAAUCAAAUGAAAUAUAGUAUAUUAAUUAUGAACAAAAAAUCAUUUUUAAAUUAUUUAUAUGCUUAUUUUAGCUUUUUAGUAGAAUAUUUAGAUAUUACAAGAAUUCGACAAAAUUUUCAUUAUUUUAUGAAAAUAACUUUAUAUCAUUCAAAAAAAUAUAUUUCCAAUUUUAUAUUUUUUGAAAUUGAUCAAAAUACAAAUUAUGAACCUCAUUGGUUAGAUACAGAUGCAUUAUUAUGCAUGAAUAUUCAUUUUUUCUUUUUAUCUUUAUUUUUAUUUUAUAAUUUUCUAUUACCUAUAUAUAAAAGUUUACGACAAAAAAAAAAUAAAAAUACACACAUAUAUAAAUAUCAUUCUUUUUUUCGUUUUAUCAAAGAAAUGCAUAAAUAUAUGCUUCAAAUUGAUACAAUUUUUCAACGAGCUUUCCAUCGAUCAUUAUCUUUGUAG